CCUUUUUCAAACCUUCGAUUUUCAAUCAUUUGGUUCAUUGAAACGCAAUUCUGGAUCACAUGAUUGGGCUCCUGCGUAUCUCCUUAUUCGUCAAUAACUGCUUCUAACUUGUUUUCUCACUGAUUGCGCCUAUCACUGCUGAUACAGAGUCUUUUCAUAAUAUGGGUGUGGCGGAUAACAGUAUUGGCAUGGAGGAGGGAACUCUGGAGAUUGGCAUGGAAUAUAGGACUGUCUCUGGUGUUGCUGGGCCGUUGGUUAUCCUGGACAAAGUGAAGGGACCCAAGUACCAGGAGAUUGUUAACAUCCGUUUAGGAGAUGGAACAACCCGACGUGGACAAGUUCUGGAAGUUGACGGGGAGAAAGCUGUUGUUCAGGUCUUUGAAGGAACUUCUGGAAUUGACAACAAAUAUACAACUGUUCAGUUUACAGGGGAGGUUUUAAAAACUCCUGUGUCGCUGGAUAUGCUUGGCCGCAUUUUUAAUGGUUCCGGGAAACCCAUUGACAAUGGUCCUCCUAUUCUACCUGAGGCCUACUUGGAUAUUUCUGGGAGUUCUAUCAAUCCUAGUGAGAGAACCUAUCCAGAAGAAAUGAUACAAACAGGAAUUUCAACAAUUGAUGUCAUGAAUUCAAUAGCCAGAGGACAGAAAAUUCCUCUAUUUUCUGCUGCUGGACUUCCUCAUAAUGAAAUUGCUGCACAGAUAUGUCGUCAGGCUGGUUUGGUGAAGCGUUUGGAGAAGACUGAUAAUCUUCUUGGUGAUGCUGAAGAGGAUAAUUUUGCCAUUGUCUUUGCUGCUAUGGGGGUGAACAUGGAGACAGCACAAUUUUUCAAACGUGAUUUUGAGGAAAAUGGAUCCAUGGAGAGAGUGACCCUUUUCCUAAACUUGGCGAAUGAUCCUACAAUAGAACGCAUUAUUACUCCCAGGAUUGCUCUGACAACUGCAGAAUAUUUAGCAUAUGAAUGUGGGAAGCAUGUUCUUGUCAUAUUGACUGAUAUGAGUUCAUAUGCUGAUGCUCUUCGUGAGGUAUCUGCUGCCCGAGAAGAAGUGCCUGGAAGGCGUGGAUAUCCUGGUUAUAUGUAUACUGAUCUUGCUACAAUCUAUGAGCGGGCUGGGCGUAUUGAAGGACGAAAGGGCUCCAUUACACAAAUUCCAAUUCUAACCAUGCCUAAUGAUGACAUUACACAUCCCACUCCUGAUCUGACUGGUUAUAUCACUGAAGGGCAAAUAUAUAUUGACAGACAGCUUCAUAACCGGCAGAUAUAUCCACCAAUCAAUGUGCUUCCAUCUUUGUCUCGUUUGAUGAAGAGUGCUAUUGGUGAAGGUAUGACUAGGAGGGAUCAUUCUGAUGUAUCAAACCAGCUGUAUGCAAAUUAUGCCAUUGGGAAGGAUGUCCAGGCAAUGAAAGCUGUGGUUGGAGAAGAAGCCCUUUCUUCUGAGGACCUGUUGUAUCUCGAGUUUCUUGACAAAUUCGAGAGGAAGUUUGUUACUCAAGGAGCAUAUGAUACACGCAACAUCUUCCAAUCACUUGAUUUAGCAUGGACACUACUUCGAAUUUUCCCCCGUGAGCUUCUUCAUCGUAUCCCAGCAAAGACCCUGGAUCUAUUCUACAGCAGAGACACAGCUAGUUAAGGGUUAGAGAGCUUUGUACUCUAGAUUAUCUGCUGUGUGAUUGCCUGCCUUGCUUGAGCGUUACUUUAUGGUGCUUUCUUAGCUUGUCGAUCUCUUUCUCGUUCAAUAAUAAAAGCUUUCUUAUAAAAUGAGUGUACGAGCUCUUCUACGGCGUUAAGACACACAUUCAUAUUCUUUGAGACCCAGUUAAAUUAUGUAAUCCGUUUCUUAUUUUUAUUUGGUUUGAUUGUGACAGUCCAUAUGUAUUAGUAGAUUUUAAGUUAUGUAUAAUGUUUUGAGUUUUUAUGUAAUAAAUUUGAAUAAAUAAUAUAGUUUUUUAAGUAGCAUCUAAAUAAUAAGUGGCGGGCUCGUUAAUAUUA